GACCUGAUCCCCAAAGUUUGGCGACACUGCUGUAUACCAUCUCCUGCGCUGAACUUCAUGUUAAAGUCCACCAAUUCGAUCGUUCUUCUACUCAUGAUCACUGCAUCACCAAAAGGAUAUGAAGGCUAUACCAAAAGCACCCCGCACCGCAGCCACACCCACGACGCCCUCCAUCCUACUCACCCUGCCCUUCUCUCUACAAGUCCGCAUCUUUAGCUAUCUCCCCCUCCCCACAGCCACAAAGCUCCGUGGCACCUGCCGCCAUCUCUAUACUUCAAUCCCGCGACCAUCCCAUGCUCAACUCCUCGAAGCCGAGAAAACCCCUUCAGCCAACCCCAAAAAGAAAUCGAAAGACACAUAUUACUUCCCCUACCACGUCCAGCCCUCUUUUUGGUCAAAGCCUCUCCGCAAAACAACGACAUUCAUCACAUGUCGCUACUGUGUUUGUAUGUUGCCGGACCACUUGUUUGCAGACAACAUGGCGGUACGCGACAGGGCGCCCGGUGGUGUCAACGCGCAUAAGCGAUUUUGCAUCCAAUGCGGUUUGAAACCACCAGCAACGACGGGUGCAAAACCAAAGUACCCGCGAGGUACAAGAUUUCGAGUUAAUGGAGAAGAGUUAGUUGUUUGCAUUGGAUGUAGGAAGGUAUUCAUGUUGGAAAGUAAGAAGGUGAGGGGGAAGUGUUAUGCUUGUGGGAAGAUUCAAGAGGUUGAUGGUAGUGAUUGGGGGGCUGGUGAGGUUGAGAACUUGCGGACGAAAGCAUGGAAAAGAGCAGAUUUCAAUUUUGGAGCUAAUAGUUGA